AUGGAGUCCGAGUUAUCAAACCUUGCCCUGAUCAUAGAUGCAAUGCAUGGAGUGAGCAUGGUCACUCGGGCGGAGGUGGCCGCUGCCGCCUUGUUUGUCUGGGACUACUUCAUCACCAUUGGCAUGGAAGUUGAUCUUGUCUGGACGUCGCGGUGGAAUUCAAUUAAGGUUCUCUUCCUCAUUCAAAGAUAUCUUCCUUUCAUCGACACUUGCAUUUUGACCCUUUAUCGUGAUUUGGUUCCUCGAGGCCACGACGAGUGUACGAGUUUUCAAAAGGCCACCGGAUUCCUAUAUAUCACUGGGUUUGCUGUAUCAGAACUUUUGCUUACCAUGCGUGUCUGGGCCGUUUGGAACCGCAGUAAAGCGCUUGGAUAUCUUUUGCCUAUGGCAUUCAUCGCCGUAUGGGUCCCGGCAUAUGUCUUUAUGUUCUUCUUCGCCAACUCACUCCAAUUUUCAAAGGAACCUCCUCUUCCUGGGAUCACGGGUUGUUUCGUUAUUCAUGCGUCGAACCUUGUAAUAUGGUGCUGGACUUCACUUAUAAUCUGGAAUACUAUUACUUUGAUUCUCAUGCUUAUUCCUGGUUGGAGAGCAUAUAAAAUUGGAGUCAACUCUACAUUAUCCACAAUCGUGUAUCGGGACGGCACAUUUUAUUAUAUCUACCUUUUCAUCCUAUCUGUUUUAAAUAUCGUCCUCGCGAUUGCGGCAGCUCCAACACGGCGCUUCGUACUUACUUCGAUGGAAAGGUGCUUGCACUCCAUGCUUGCAACGCGUGUAAUUCUUCAUAUGCGCGAUCACGCACGUCGACCUCAAUUGGAAUGGGUCGGUGGUGAAUUCUCAACGGGGGCCGUUGAAUUCGCAACAGGAGGGCAUAUUAGUGCCGUUCCCCAAAAUAUUGAAGCCGACCCUAUGGCAUUCAAAAUGAAGCCGAUACAUUAA